GCCCCCACAGCGGUGCCAGAGUGCCAACAGCAGCUCCCGUUAAUAGAAGCGAAAAGCCAACGCCCCACUGUCAGCUCCUCGGCUCCUCCCUCCUCCAGAAAGUAGACUUUCUCUGGAGCUGCUGAGGUUGUGACGAAGCUCUGCAAAGCUUUACAGACUUUUUGUUGUAUCGGAGACGUUGAUUCACCCAACUUGUCGCUAGCUUGGGCGGGAGGCUAUUCUUUCUAAAGUCCACUGGCGCCGAAGACAAGUUUGUUCAUUCGGGCGGCGUUCGUCGAGUGCAGGCGAUAAGGUUGUAACACAACAUCCCGUUGGUAUAAUAAGUGAGGUAUUACAGAAUGGCUGACACGAACACGUCCAGCCCCGGUGCUAGCUGCCUGGAGAAGCUGAUAAGUUACGCGAAGACCCGAAAAGGCUUCAUCCUCGCGGCAGAAAUAUUCCUCAGUAUCAUUAUCCUCAUCUGCUACGCUGUGUCUGCGUAUGGAGGCUACACCGCCGUGGCCAUCUGCGAGAUGGUCUUCGCCUUGAUCUUCUUCGGCAUCUUCAUGAUGGAGAUGGACAAGCAGAUCCUAGUGGUCAACUGGGUCUGGAGUGAUCUUUUCCGUGCUGCUAUUGGCGCUGUUCUUUACCUCAUCACUUCACUGAUCUGUGUGAUCAGGAGGCACGACGACGCUAGUAUCACAGGCGGGGUAUUCGGUUUGGUUGCUGGUGUGCUCUUUGCCUACGACGCCUACACCAUCUUCCUGCAAAUCAAGAGCUCCAGACAGCACAUGGCAGCUUCCACUGAUGACAGAGUCUAAACACCCCGCGAGCACGUCUGUCGGGUUCGCAGCGGGAGGACAAAGAGGAAUUUGUGCAGAAGUUAACGGACGAGUGGAUCGGAGAGGACGAUGGACAGUAAAAGGAACAGGUCACAGUUUAAUCAAUGCCACUGUACGGUGUGAGCAGACUGGAGAUUUAUUUUAGGACGGUGCUUGAGAGGAGGGUGAUGUAGAAGCCUGCGUGUCAGACAAAAUCGUGUCUGCUACGUGUGGAAAUCCCCUCGCAUGCCUUUACGCCAACCUCAAUGUGCCACUGAUUAAAAAGGGAAAACUGUAAAUAAUAGGGAUAAUGGCUGAUGUCCUCAAGCAGCUUGUCUAAUACGCAGCUACUGUUAAUGGACUACUGUAGUAAGUAGGAGCUGUUAUUUAAAAUUUAGAAGUACAGACGUAUGGGUGCCUUAGGAAUUGUUUAACGUCAUAGUUAUGCUCUUAUUCAGUGUGUUUUCUGUAUUCUCACUGAGGUUUCUCAGCUGGCCAAACGUUUUCCUUCUCCGUUCAUUUAGUGGAUGCUCUCUCAGUGGGCUUCCUGUGUGUAACACUGACUUAAAGCAGCUACAAGGACUUUGAACCUGGUAAUCAAACAGUCUAAAUUUAAUACUGAUAACCUGUGUGUGAUCUACAGAAGCAAAUGAGACCAUCAGCAGGGAGAAUAGUUGUAUCUGUGCAGUUACUCUUACCAACUGUCGGAUUAAAAAGAGUUUUUUUGUCCGAGAAAAAAGAAAAAGCCUUUGUUUACAUUUUCCCAGGCAAAGUUUUACAGCGAAGUUAGCCAGUUAAAGGAAUCAGGGGGAAGAAUUCUUGAUGUUUGUAUUUUGUGGUUAUGACCGACCCUGAGGCAAAGAAAAAAAGGAAAGUGAAUAAAUUAAAUAAAAAAUAAGUCAAUAAAUUUAAAAGAAACCCAACAGAUGGAGAGAAUUGUGGCAUUUGAAAGGAUUUCAAAGCUGAUCCUGAACUGACCCUCGUCCUCCCAGACGGGUAUAUUAAAAAGUCUAUUUUAUUUAUGGAAUACAUGACAUAGCUUUUGUACUGUAGUACAACCGGCUUACAAUCUAACAUCUUGUGUUGUAUCUCUGUUUCCUUGUUGUUAUGGAAACAAAACAUACAAAAUCGAUGUUACCAAGAAACCAAAUGCGUUAUUUGUUCGUCGUGGUACAGUUAUUGAUCUUCACUAGAGACAAACGGAUGCAUUAACUCGUCAUCAGCAUCCUGCAAACAGCUGCAUAAGAAACAUAUUAAGAAAAGUCUGACGGAUGCUGAAGUUUUGGGACCGACGCUCAUGCUGAUAUUAGGGAGCAAAAAGAAAUUCUGAUAUUAAAAAUUCAGCCGUUAUCUUUAUACGUGUAUUUCAAAAUGAAAAAUCAGUACACUGAAACAGCAGGCUUCACUUGGAAUUAAAAUUGUUUUUUUUAUUUUUCCUUUAAUUUUUUUAUGACAUAGUUAUAUUUUGGCACCAUUUCUACAUUACAAUAUCACCAGUAUAAUCUUUUUUUAAAAAAAACAAAACAUGUUUUCACACCAGUGAAUAUCAAACAACAACAGCACCAGUACAGAUAUAUGUCCGUGAUAAGUGAGGCUCUAAUAUUCGAAAAUAAGUUGAGGUUUUCUUUCAUUUGCUUCUAAAACGAAUGCACACACGCUGGUCAGAACACGAUCUUUACGACGCAAUGCGGUGGCGCUCGUGGGAAAUGCAGUCUUCAUUUUGCAAAAUAAAUAAAUAAAUAAAUAAAAUAAAGUUCCUUAUAGUUGCUUUAAAGUCGCAUUCAAAUUAACCAGUUCCUUCAUUUUCUCAGUUUUUUUUAUUCUUGAAUCCUAAGCGUUUGAAAUGACCAUCAGUUACUGACCAGCAAUGUUCAGCAGUUUUGCUUCCAGUCAGAGUUCAGUCUGAAUCGUCCAUUGAGCAGCAACCACAUGUUCGUUGUUUUUAAUUACAAUGUCGUCAUCCUCCGGUUUCACUGAUCUACUUUGAUUCAUGCUCAGGUUUAUUUUCCCUCCUCACAGUUGUAACACAUUUUUAAAGUGCAAAAUAUUCUUCUGUUGGCAUCUUAUACCGACCAGUAGUACAGUCUGAUAUUUUGUUUUUACUCGUACAGUUUUUCUUUGGAUGAGACACAUGAAAAAUAAAAACAUUUCUAAGGAAAAAUCACAUGAUGUGAAUAUCACAGUUUGAAUAUGUUCUUUAAUGAUUUCAUCUACUCUUUUGGAGGUUAUUUGUCGAACUAAAAAAUUGCCUUAUUAUUAUUAUUAUUAUUAUUAUUAUUAUUAUUAUUAUUGUUUUUCUAACAUGCUUUACAAGAGUCUGCAGUUUGUAAUUUUAAAAAUUCAAAGCAGCCUUGCUUUGGGAAAUAAAAGCCAUUGUUACAACAAAAAAAUAA